UAGUGACUCAACGGUAUCAGUGAAUGAUAUAUGGCACCAGUGGCCACGCAUUUUCUUCAGUUUGGUGUAAUGACCUGAAAACUUACAAACGUGUUAUUGGUAGACGAACAAGUUGCGCCUGCGCCCUGAACCUACGUUUUUUUUUUUUUUCUUUUCCUCCAGCGUGAGGUAUGUUUCUUUGCUUGAAAACCAGCAGCUGCUGCAAAGAGCAGAGGCGCAGGCAAAGUGGGAUAUCAAAGUGGUCCACACGGACAAGACAAACCGACAGUCGGGGAUCGUGGAUCGUGGAUCAUCCUGGGUCUAAAACCGGUUAAUAUCCAGUCAUUUUUGCCCGUUCCAUAGACGAGACGAGUCGUUUUCGUUUUAUGUGGAAGGUCCACGUAUUGAGAUGAUCUAUUUUUGUGAUGGCGAAGGGUCUGUUUCCACGGGCCUGGGUGAAAAAGUCUUUCUAUUUCCAGGCUCGAAUCUCCUGUGUUCGGGUGAAGUAUCUGUUCCUCACAUGGCUGACUGUGCUAGUGGGGAGCUGGGUGCUCUAUGUGCAAUACUCAACCUACACAGAGCUGUGCAGAGGACACGAGUGCAAGAACGCCAUUUGCGAUAAAUACAGGAGGGGAAUCAUCGAUGGCUCGGCCUGUAGCAGUUUGUGUGACAAAGAAACACUCUAUAUGGGCAGGUGUCUGUCAAUACUGCCAAACAACCAGGUAUACACAGGAAGCUGGGGAGACCAUGAUGGGAUCAUCCGCUGUAGGCUGGGGGAGGUUGUUCACUAUGAGCUGGGCGAGGAGCCGGAGCCUCGUAGAGAGACCCCUGUGUUCGACAAGCCCACCAGAGGCACGUCAGUGGAGAAGUUCAGAGAAAUGGUCUUUAAUCACCUCAAGUCUAAGCUUGGAGAGCAGACUAACCUCGCCAGCCUUGUUGGCCAGAUCCUGUCUGUCGCCGACGGCAACAGAGAUGGACGGGUGUCACUGCCAGAAGCCCGCUCUACGUGGGCCCUCCUGCAGAUGGACGAGGUGCUGCUGGGCCUGCUGCUCCAGGAUCGUGGACACACUCCCCGGCUCCUCGGCUACUGUGGGGAUCUGUACAUGACAGAGCGAGUCCCCUACGGACCCCUGUAUGGUUUAUCUCUACCUUGGCCGCUGGUAUCCUGGGUGCCGAGCAGUUUGCAGCGUACUAUGGACCAGUGGUUCACUCCUUCUUGGCCUCGCAAAGCCAAGAUCUCCAUGGGUCUGCUGGAGCUGGUGGAGGACAUCUUUCACGGCACCUACGGCAGCUUUCUCAUCUGCGACCUCACCGCAGCACACUUCGGUUACACUGACCGCCACGAGCUCCGUCUCACCAACACCCGAGCGGUUGUUCCCGAAGAUGAGUUCAGACGCACCAUGCGAGUACUGAAGUGUGAGACGGAUGCUGACUGCGUGUACGGGGUGGACUGCCGGACGACGUGUGACGUGUCAGAGAAACGGUGCAGGGAGGAGCCGGUCCAGCCAAACUUGGCGAAGGCAUGCGGUGCACUGAAGGACUACCUGCUGCGUGGGGCGCCGUCAGUGAUGAGGGAGGAACUGGAGAGGCAGUUGUAUGCCUGUGUGGCUCUCAAGGGUAAUGCUGGACAGAUGAACAUGGAGCACUCACUUAUUCUCAACAACCUGAAAGCUCUGCUGUGGAAACAGAUCUCACACACUAAGGACUCGUGACAAGAAGAAAUCUUUCUGAAAUCAUGCCAGUCAGUUCCCUUACAUGGAGCUGAGUAUUAAAGAAGCUGUGAUUUAGGAGUAGCAAAAUUAGUGAAGUCAUUUCUAUCAACUCUUUACAGUUUCAGAAAUUCGGGGCCUGGAAAACAAAUCCAAGUAUGUUGAAAUAUAAAAUGAACUGAACGAUUGCAUGUUGCCAUCAUGCACACUUAAAACAAUUCAUACAGCCACAUUUUAUUGUAUCGUUUUGUUCACCACUGUUGAAUGUUUUGGGGCCACUGCUGGAAAAAAGGGACUGAUUUUGCUGUUGUUAGUCUUAAGAGCUGAAUGACUAAAUUGCUGUUUUAAAAAAUCAUGCUGAUAUGUGUGUGAGAACAUGGUUCAUCAAAGGAGAGUUAAUUCCGUUAAGGAAAACACAGAUAACAAAAUCAGAGUGAAUGUUGUAUGAAAGAUCAAGUUUGAAGUGUAUUGAAAUUGCACUUUAUUAAGAUAUGGUCUUUAAUUUUGGUUAAGGUUAGUGAUAUUCCAUUUUUUUUUUUUUAACACGUCCAAUGAGAAGAUCAAAACUAAUAGUAUGUUUGUCUUUUGAUACUUUCCAAUUUUACUGUGCUGUUGGCAGGACUUUGUUCCAAACCCAUAUUGCUGCCUUCUGAAGAUGCUGUAUAUUUAAUCUUUAAAAGCAGGUAACAAAAAUUAUUGGCAACUACCUUCAGCUGCGGAUUUAUACACAUUUGGUGCAGCAGUGCGUAUAUACAGCAACGAAAUCAACUCAAAACACAGCUCAUCGUAGCGUAGAACAGUGGAGUCAAUGGCAGAGUGAUAAAGCGCUUCAGGCGUGGCUACACAGGCAAAGUGGGAUUGAUUCAUUGUUGGUUUUGGUCUUUUCAGGGGAUUAUUUGACAAAAAUGAAAAAUAUAGAACAUCACCAGACUUAACCCUUAACAAGUACAGAUUGGUUACAAAUCAAAGGAAAAACAAAAUAACAAAUGACGAUGCCCCUAUAAAGGAUCCAGUGCCAAAGAGCACUGAAGCCGUUCUGGAGAUUCAUUGUGGCUUUUCCUUUAGUUGUCACUCAUCUGUAUGAUAAAGUGGGGCAGUUUAUAAGAGUCCAAGUGUACAAUGUGAUGGUAUUUGUCUGUCAAUACUACACAGGGUUCAUACUGUGUAUCAGUGUACUUCACUAUGCUGUAAGUUUUCCACAAGUAACCCAAAUGACAUCCACAAUGCUGCAUUAAUGACACUAAGAGAAAAUAUUCAUGUAUUUCAUUUGGUUUGUGAAUGUUAUCCACUUGUAUUUCUCACUGAAAAGAGCAUUUGUGGUAAUGUAUCGUAUCACAUUAUUUUUGGAUUUCAUGUCAGUGCCAGAGAUCAUGCUGAAAUCAUUUUAUGAAUGUGUAACACCGGUGACGGUGCAGAUCUUUAUCGAAUCUUGUCGUCAAAUUUGAAUGCUGUAUAAAAGACUAUUUUUCAUGAUCCCUUCCAGACAUUGCCAAUGUGACAUAACUGUGACCGAGUUGAUAACCUAACCUUGUUAAACCACUUUAAAUGCAUUUCAGAACAGACAUGACCUGUAAAGCAUGUCAAGCUUGUGGUCAAUACUGUGGUUUGAGUUUUGAAAACAUUAAAAAAAAAAAAAAAAGUUUAAUUAUCGAAGAAACCAGCAUGAUUUUGCACAAUUAAACUACAUACCACUCCACUGUAACAUGUCAAACCUGUUCAGGUCUGUGAAAAUUUACAUUGGACCACAGUGCAAUCCAGUAUCAUACUCAUAUUGUGGGUUUAAGAUGAACACUGUAAAUAUUCAUCAUGGGUGUAACUGCAUCAAUCACAAGCGGACAAAACCAUGAUAUACCUUUAAAAAGAGUACACACAACCACUUAACACAAAAAACUCAUUCCAAGUAUUGACUGAGCCAGA